AUGGCUUGGGGUGAAACUGAACAUGAAUUUAUUGGGAAGAUUGUUAAUACAGUAUCCAAAUGGGUUUGUGAGACUCAUUUGCAUGUUGCAGAUCACCUAGUUGGACUAGAGUCUCCGGUUCUAAGAGUAAAAUCGCUUUUGGAUAUUGAAUCUGAUGAUGCAGUCCACAUGGUCGGGAUUUAUGGAAUUGGAGGGAUAGGCAAAACAACUCUUGCUCGUGCAGUCUAUAAUUCAAUUAAGGACUCAUUUGAGGAUGCAUGUUUCCUUGGUAACGUGAGGGAAAAUUCAGCAACACACGACCAUGGACAUCUCAUAAGGAUUCUGCUUAAUACAUUAGGUGAUAAAACAGAAUUCCUGCUCGGAGAUGUCAAUGAAUUAGUCUCUGUGCUAAAACGUCGGCUGUGCCAAAGAAAAGUUCUUUUGAUUCUUGAUGAUGUUGACAAACUGAACCAGUUAAAGGUCACUGCAGGAGAUAUUAACUGGUUUGGCUCCGGCAGUAGAAUCAUCAUUACAACUCGAAACAAAGGCUUACUAAGAAGUCAUGGGGUUCAAAGACUAUAUGAAGUGGGGAAGUUGAGUGAUACAGAAGCUAUUUGUUUACUUAGAAGGAUUGCUCUAAAAGCUGACAAAGUUGAUCCAAGUUAUGAAAGCAUUUUACACCGUAUAGUGGCGUUUGCUUGUGGCCUUCCAUUGGCUUUGGAGGUGAUAGGUUCCCACUUGUUUAGUAAAAGUAAAGAGACAUGGGAAUCUGCAUUAGAUCAGUAUAAAAGAAUUCCUAAGAAAGAGAUUUAUCAAAUACUCAAAGUAAGCUUUGAUGAUUUGGAAGAAGAUGAGAAGGAUUUUUUUCUUGAUAUUGCUUGUUUCUAUAAUGGAUAUAGCUUGAAAAAUGUUGAAACAUUACUCCACAUUCAUCAUGGUGUUUGCCCAAGAAAUGGUAUCAGGGUUUUGGUUGAUAAAUGUCUAGCAAAGAUUGUUGGUCAGCAAGUAACACUGCAUGAUUUGAUACAGGACAUGGGUAGAGAAAUUGUCCGACAAGAAUCACCAGAAGAGCCUGGAAAGCGUAGCAGGGUGUGGCACUGUGAUGAUAGUCAGGAUAUUUUGGUAGAAAAUAAGGGAAGUGGUCAAAUUGAAAUCUUACAAGCAGAAUUUCCUAAAAUUAAAAGCUUGCUAGAAGAAUGGGAUGGUGGGGCAUUCAAGAAGAUGGAUAACCUCAAAACACUGAUUAUUUGUUAUGCUCAUUUCGUCCACGGUCCCAGACACCUUCCAAAUAGCCUUCCAAACAGCCUAAGAGUAUUGAUUUGGAAGGGUUAUUCUUCAGAGUUUUUGCCUUAUGAUUUUUAUCCAAAGAAACUUGCAUGGUUGGAUUUAAGCCAUAAUUGGUUAUUGCCUGUCAAUUUGUUUAGGAUGCUGCAGAAAUUCGUCAAGUUGAGAGUGUUGCAUCUUGAUGACUCUCCAUUGCUUGAACAGAUACCUGAUAUGUCUGCUCUCCCAAAUUUAGAAGAACUAUCGUUUGUUCGGUGUAAAUAUUUAGUGAAGAUUGACAAAUCAGUUGGGCUGCUGGAUAAACUCAGAAUCCUGAAUGCUGAAGGUUGCAUCAAUCUCCGGAGUUUUCCUCCCAUCAAGUUGAUCUCUCUUGAAUAUCUCAAUCUUUCACAUUGCUCAAGUCUGGAGAGUUUUCCAGAAGUACUAGGAGAGAUGAGAAACUUAAUGGAGCUUGUGUUGCAUAAUACUCCCAUAAAAGUGUUUCCAUUUUCAAUUCGGUAUUUUACUCGACUUCGGAGUUUGCUACUGCAGAACUCCACGACUGUUAAAUUACCAAGAAGCAUUUUUGUGUUGGCAGAACUUACACAUUUGAGCAUUAAGUGUGAUGGGUUGCUGGUAAAUGUUCAGGAUGAAUGCGAAGAGCGUCUGAGCUCGAUGGUGUCCUUAAACAAGCAAGAGUUUAACUUCAGUUACUGCAAUGCAUCAGAUGAAUUCCUUCAAAUGAGUAUCCCUUGGUUUGUCAAUGUGAAAGUUUUAGAUAUUUCAUACAAUAAUUUUACAAUUCUCCCUGCAUCCAUCAAGGGGUGUUCCUUUUUAGAGAAACUUAUUUUGAAUCAUUGUAGCAGCCUUCAAGAAAUUAGAGGGAUUCCACCAAAGAUAGAAACAUUCUCUGCAAGAAAUUGCACUUCCUUGAAAGAUUUGGACCUCACACUUCUUCCUGCAUGCACCAAAGAAUGUCACUUUUUAAAGGAACUCUUUUUGUCAGGUUGCAUGAAUCUUCAGGAAAUAAGAGGGAUUCCACAGAAUGUAGAAGUUUUGGAUGUACCAAGCUGCACAACUUUGACUUUCUCAUGUAGAAGCAUGACAUUGCUGAAUCAGGAGGAGGGUGGAGAGGAGUUUUGGUUGCCAGUGAAAAGGCCAAAGAUUCUAGAGUGGCUCAACCACUAUUGCUGGGGAUCUUCAAUUUCCUUCUGGUUUCGUAACAAGUUCCCUGCCAUGUUUCUCUCUGUCAUAAGUGGAGACGAUAUACUAUUUUGCCCAGAAUUGAAGAUCAACAACCGCGAAGUGCAUAGUUUUUACAGUUUUUGGCUGGAAAAAUACAAUAAAUUAAUUCUGAAUGUGAGUAAAGAGUUAAUAAAAAACAAAGAUAACAUGACUGGUGUACUUCUAAAAAAUGAAUGGAAUCAUGUGGAGUUGACAUAUUCUAAGGUCAAUCAUGGGCCUGUCAUUCAAACUGGAUUCCAUUUAUUUGAAAGAAGUAGUAGCAUGGAGGAUAUUCAAUUCACUGAUCCACUGAAAGAAGAGCAGAGAGUGGUGGAAAGGGAACAUUCUCAGAGACAAUUUAUGCAGCAGAAACAAAUGUUGGCUUUAGUCGAUCCGUAUAUGGGACAAUGCAAAGUUUUGCUUUCAUUGCUUCCGCCUCCAGAAUUCGACAAUAAAAAAAAUUACUCAAACUCAAUGCCUUCAGAGCAGUUAAGAUGCUCCACUCUUGUCCCACUCCCAGUAUCCCAGGAUUGUCUAGCAAAGGCUCCAGGAGAAUCAUCUCAAGCCCCUUUUGAUGAGACUCAAAGUAUGCAGGCCCCUAGUCCCACAUCAUCAAGUGGAAAACUUAGUGGACAAGAAAUAUACGUGAAAACCUGUUCCACUGGAUUGCCAACAACAUCUGACAAGUCUUACAUAAAUCAAGUUCCUCCAAUUCAAGAUGAUACAGAAAUGGAAGCAUUUUAUUCUUCUCUUGAUGUUAGGAGCCAUGUUCUUUCAUGUUCCCAAGAUCAUUUGUCCACUAAUGCUCUAAGCGAAGAGACCAGGGAAGCAAUAAAAAUAGUAAAAUACUUCAUCUCUGGCGAUGCUUCGGUUCUGUUGCAUCAACAACAGUACAGUGCAGUGAGAACUAGCUUAGAGUACCUUUCCAAUUUGUCUGCAGAUGAUGGCCUAUCAGGACAAGUGCUAACUUUGAUAUCAGAAGCUUCAUGGUUCUUGACCCAUUGGAGUAAGGAUUUCGUGGAAGCAAGCAUGAAAUUUGAGUACACGACAUCCGAGCUGCAGAAAGCUGAUGCAUUGGAAGCAGGUCUAGAACCUAACAAGAAUCAGUUCAAAGAAGCUGUAGCCAUGGAAAAUGAGCUGCACCAAAAGUUAGCUUGGAUUGAAAAAGGUAAAAUGGGACAAGAAGAGCAUAUCAAAAUUGUUGAAGCUAACUUAUCUGCUUAUGAAUCAGAAAAGAAUAUGGCCCUGAAGAGGAAGAGAGAUAUCUUUGAAGGGAGGACACUUAAAGCUCAACUAGACAAGUGGAGGGGUGAAAAAGUGCCACGUUUGAGGCACGAGCAGGGUCUAGCAAAGGCUAUUCAAGCAAAAAUCUCAGCUGAAUGGUCAAAACUUGGAGAAAAAUUUAAGACCAUUGUUUUGGACUGA